UCUCUCUACACACACACUUUCUCCAUCUCACACUCACACUCUCUACGUCCACACUUGCUGUCUGCUAAAUAACAGUGUCAGGAAUAUCAUCUAUCAUGGUGGGCUACUGUCCCAUCUGUGGGAAACCCGUCUACUUUGGUGAGAAGAAGAGGUCGUUGGGGCGUGACUACCACCCUCUGUGUCUGAAGUGUCAACAGUGUCAGAGACAGUUGACCCCAGGACAACAUGCAGAGCAUGAUGAGAAGCCCUACUGCACUAACUGUUACAUGAAGACGUUCAGUCCCAGAGCAGGUAACAGGAGAAUGAUGGCAUACUGUCACAGCUCAGCCUCAUCUUCCUCUUCCUCCUCCUAGGAACCAGUCUGACCAACAAAACAACCAAAAUACAACCUAAUGAAAACUAACAGCCUAUCAACAAGGAUCUAUGUUCAACCAACCUGACAUUCAGCCAACAAGCCAAUGACUAAACAACUAGGCCCAACAUUCAACCAACCAACCAAUGUUCGACCAACCAAGAAAUAACCAAUAGACAACCAACCUGACAUUUAAUUAACUACUAUCCAACCAACCUGACAUUUAAUUAACUACUAUCCAACCAACAGACAUCAGUCUCACUCUGAA